GUAGUAGUGGUCAUUUUUGGCAGAGGAUAAAGAAUAUACGCGUGUGAGUUUUGUAUUAUAUUGUGUUUCUCUAUGUGUUUGGGAAAUAUCCAUUGCUAUGUUAUCCGUUAGCCUGUCAAUGGUGUUUUCAGUUAUGAGUAAAUGUUCAGAUAACUGGGGCAUUCUUAAGACAGUAAUUCUCUUCUUUUGAUAUUUAGUUUUAGAGUAAAAUUGAAAGUGUGUGUGCAAAUGGAGAGCUGGAAUUUUUGAUAAAUUUUUGACAAUUUGCCAAACGGUGACUGCCACCAUACAGCACUCGCAUCAUAAGCGUGAGCUCACAUGUCAAAGCAAAUAAAUAAAUUGGCCGUAUGAUCGCUUGUAUCUCAAGGUUCCUUUGGGUAUGGUGAAGAUAGAAUAUUCUUAGAUUUUUCUGUAUUACAGCCCUUGCAAGAAAAAGUUCGGACAUUGUUGUCUGUCCACAUGCUACUUUAAAAAAAUGCUUCCCUUCUGCCACCCUUGCCAUCAGGUCUGUCGAAGUUGUUUUCCAGUUCAAAGAAAAUCUUGUUGAUGUUAGUUAUGAAAGAAUGACACUGUUUUUUUUUUUUUUAGUGGAACUUGUGCAACUCUCACCUCGUGUUUCCCUUAUUAAGAUACUGGCUCGCUCGCCUUUCGCCCUAAAACGUCUUUGAGAUGCUAAUAGUCGCACUCACUCCUGAUUGGUCGGUUGCAGGCCGGCUGGAGAAAAGGACUGAGCGGGAGGCGAGGGGGGGUGCAAGUUGGGUUUGAAUCGGGAGAGUGCGCUCGAACAACAAGUGGUUCAGAAUAACAAGUUGCGGCGAAGAGAGAGACAAGUAUUUUGUUUAUUUAUGUAUUUAUUUUUCUCUUCGAAGCGUUUCUGCUUAAAACAAACAGGACAAAAUAAAGUGCAUGUUUUUUAUUUUGCCGGACUUGAAGGAAACGGCUGUCCGGUACGCUUCGAGGCUAAUUAGUUAACUCGGUUCACCCGGUGCUCCCGCGCAAGUUGCGGGAACACCAGGUGGACUUUGCCGGCCAGGUGCACGGCGACCCAGAAAGAGGCGAAAAUAGUUCGGCGUUGCACUCGAACCUUCAGCUUGAGCGUGGAACAUGUACAGCAUGAUGGAACACGAGUUGAAGCCCGGCGGGCAGCCGGUGCACCACGCGGCGCAGGGGAUGUCACCGGCCCCUCCGGGCAGCAUGACUCCGGGCAACGGCCUGCCUCACCCGGGCUCCAAAAGCGCCCUGCAGGCCCCCGGCGGGGGCGACCCCAUGGAUAAGGUCAAGCGACCCAUGAACGCCUUCAUGGUGUGGUCCCGCGGCCAAAGGCGCAAGAUGGCCCAAGAGAACCCCAAAAUGCACAACUCCGAGAUCAGUAAGCGUCUGGGCGCCGAGUGGAAGCUGUUGAGCGACGCCGAGAAGCGGCCGUUCAUCGAUGAGGCCAAGCGGCUGCGGGCCGUGCACAUGAAGGAGUAUCCGGACUACAAGUACAAGCCCCGGCGCAAGAGCAAACCAGCGCUCAAGAAGGACGCGGUGCAGGUGCCCAAGUACCCGCUGUCCGCCGGCAACUUACUCGUGACGCAAGGACAGGGAGCCAGCCCCAGGAUGGAGAGCUACGCCUGGGGCCCCGCGGGCGGCUACCCGGGCAUGCAGGGCGAGGCGCUCGGCUACACGCAGCAGCUGCACCGGUACGACCUGUCGGCCCUCCAGUACCCCCCCGCCAUGACCGCCGCCCAGACUUACAUGAACGGAAACAACUCGUACAGCCCGAUGUCGUACAGCAGCAGCCCCCAACAGCCCAGCCCGGUCCCCAUGUCCAUGGUGAAAGCGGAGCCCAUGUCCCACUCGCCUCCGACACCCACCCAUCACCGGGGCCCCCUGCAGGGCGACCUGCGGGACAUGAUCAGCAUGUACAUCCCGGGGGGCGGUGAUGGCAACGACCCGGCGGGGGGAGCCGCUCCCAGGGGCUACGGCGGCGUCCAGCAGCACUACCUCACCGGCACCGUACCCCUAACACACAUCUAGUAGAACGGCACGGGACAAUCUGCACUCGCGGCCAAUGCCGCUCCUUCGGGUGUAUUCAUUCUGCAUUGUACAUUGUUUUUAAUACUCUUUUAGUUUUUUUUUUCUUUUUAAAAAUACAAAUUAGAUGAGUUUGCAAAUGCUGCAUUUUGAGUAGCUUUACGUCACGGGCGGCGAAGCACUUUUCUCGCCCCCCCCCCCCCCCCCCCCCCUUUAUUAGAUUUUAUGUGUAAAGAUGAUGUAUCCUGCUAAUUUUACUGUUUAACCUCACCUAUGGCCCACUGAGUCGCUUUCCAAACCAGUCACACCCAACCUCGCUGGAAUUUUAUUUUAGAAAAGUCUCACGACACACAAUCGUCACUAAAUUAUACAUACUGAAAAUAAUGAUCAAUUUAUUCGCAAAUAUGCUUUUCCUGUUGUACGAAUGCAGAUUGGUGGCAGGUUAACUGUACCUUCUGUCAUCUAGUGGAAGAGCAUAGAAUUCUUCAUGACGUGACUUUUUUUCCACGCAAGUGAAAUUUGAUCACUUGGUUGUGAAUCAUUGUUGUAAACAGAACAAGCAUGUUUUUUUUAAAAAGUUAGUUCCCCUCAAACCAGUGGCUACCAUAAACGCAUGCAUGCUUGUAUAUACUGUACAGUACGUAGAUGCUGCUAUGGACCUAUUUGGUUUACAUCUCCAU